UGUAUAGUAUAGACUGUGUAAAAUUUGAAUUUUACACUUGUUAAGGUCUAUUACAGAAGAAUAAAACACAAACAAAUUGUAAUGUAAUCCUGUUAUUACACUUAAAUAUAAAAGUGCAUCCAACUGGAAUUUUACACAAGUCUGGAUAGAACGGUCCCGAGAAGUUCGCUGAAAUCGGAAUUCACUGAUUGGAUUUAAAGAUCAAAGAGAUGGCACGGCAGUGGAGAUUAGUGUCUUUAAAAAGUUCACUGAAUAUUCGAAGAUGGAAAUCAUCAUCUUUGAUUGCAGCAAUUUCUAUUAUUCUGUUGUUCUCGACGAGUAUAUAUAGAAUUGCUGACAGUGUUCUCGACCGAAUAGCAUAUCCUUACAAUAUGUACCAAGGCUAUCCAUUAUCCAUUUACGACAAUCCCUAUAACAUUAUCACAAACAAUACAUGUUUGGAUAAUUCGAGAAUCAACAUGAUAGUCGUUAUUCAUUCUAAAGUAACAAAUUUUGUGAAACGUGCAUCAAUAAGACAAUCAUGGGCCAAUAAACAUCUGCUAUCCGGGUACGGCGUGAAAGUUGUUUUCGUCUUGGGUCUGCCUUACAAUAACGAUAUACAAGCUCUUGUCCAUCAAGAGUCUUUGUACUAUAACGAUAUUAUACAGGGAACAGUAUAUGAUUCAUACCAAAAUAUAACUCACAAAGCUGUUUUGUGGAUGAGAUGGGUGAAGGAAUAUUGUCCAAACGCGCCUUACGUUCUCAAACUUGAUGAUGACGUUUUUGUCAACGUGUUUUCGUUAUACAACCAUAUUUUACUAAACUAUAAGCAUACCUCAAUGAAAAUGUGGUGUGAAGUUAAGGAUGCUGGAAAACAGGCAAUUUCAAGACUGAGAGGGAAAAAGUGGAGAGUUGCUAGUCAUGAGUUGGUAGGUUUAAAAUACUACCUGCUAACAUUUUGUCGAGGAUAUUUUGUGAUAUUAUCACAAGAUAGUAUUGCGCCGAUGUACGAAACAGCAAAACGGACACCGUUCUUUUGGAUGGAUGACUAUUAUGUGUUUGGAAUUUUAGCAAAUGCUACAGGAGUGAAACAUUCUUCUCUAUCACAUUUCCUUAGCGACGAAAAUAAAGCUUUUCUAUGUUUUAAAUCGAGAACACAGUUAUGUCCAUUACUAGGCGCUUUGCUUGAAUCGUCAGAUUCAGAUUCUAUGAAGACACUUUGGAAACAGGCAAUUACCCAUGUAAAUAAUGAUUUUAGCUUAGAUUGAUACUUCACACACUUGUUCCCCGAGAAUGUAUGAUAUACAGUGCGCAGGUUCCUUCAAUCCAUUUCAUAUUUUUAUAAAGUUGUGCCUCUUUUUCGACUUAAGUUUUGUAUGUAAGCUGGUAAUUCAGUAACCUUUAAAUUUCGCACACCUAUAAACUUUCAGCGCCGUAGCCACACUGAGGCAAUUUGAGAAGCCGAAAAUAUAUCUCACACUGAUGAAAACUUGAGUUAUAAAAGUUAAAAAAAAGUAUAUCAGGUGAGGCAGAAAUCCUAGCUGUAUGCAAGAAUUCUCAAGGAAAAAUUCUGCUCUUUGGAUAGAUAGGAAGAGAAUUGGUAGAUGAAAUUUCUCCCAGAGAAAUGUCAGUUUAUUCACGGAAGCACCGACACGAGAAACAUAUAGUUAAAGAUCGUUCAUUGUCAUGUGUAACUUUCGGGAGGCUUUUUCUCCAUGGCAUUAAUUACGUUAAGCCGCAUGGGACAUUUACCACACGUGCAAUAUAGGACAGCUUGAACACGUUCACUGAAAAGGUGAUGAGGUUGGAUACUACUUGAAACAAAAAGCCUGAAAAACGAUGCUACGUUACCUGUGUAGGACCUUUGAUGUCAUACUUUAGCUCAUAGAAAUCAACCGAGGUUACCUCAUCGAACCUGUUUAUAGGGGUGCGUUUGUGUGUUUGUGAGUCUAAAGCGGUGCCCUUCUGUGUUCUUGUAUCUUACUUGUCCGUUUUUCUAUGUUAGUUGCGCUAUUGUGGUUUACGUUCAAAUGUAACUGUGACUAAGGAACGUAGCAUUCCGUUUGUAUAUUCAUCCUUGUUCUAAUUUCCCCUUCUAUUUCCUCCCCUAACCCCCAUCCCCUUUUUUACCCCUAACCACUUUCUCCCCCUCUUUCUAUAUUUGGCAUACAUUUAUAUCUACUUGUUAGAUUUUUGAAGCAACCCGUCUGUAAUAUUUUUCCAUCACGGCUUCUUUUUUUUUGUUGUGGGCCUUCUUUGUAAAUACGUGGCUCUGAGGCUAUGUUUUUGGUGCUCUGUGCUUCCGAGAAAUCUACCCUUACCUAUUUACUUUGGUACUGGUACAAAAUCCAGGAAUAACUGCCCGCCCUUACAUAACUGAAAUACUGUUGUAAAAAGGCGUACCCAAAACAAGAAAUAUAUUUGGUCUUCAUACAUGACCCACCGAACGAGUUACCCUCCUCUGGGUUAGGCGUAAAUGUGGGUGAUAUAUCGUGCAGCAAUGCCAUAUUGGCUGACGAUAUCUCACUUGUUGUAUCUUCACCAAAACAAUUACAAGUAAUGCUUAAUUGUUGGUUCAAGACUGGAGGUUUAAGUUUGAAAUAAAUCUCCAGAAGUCUUGCACAAUGGCCUUCUCAAAUAGAAGGUAUACACAGUCUGUCCAAGUUACAUACAAUCACGCUUAUUUAACACAAGCACAUAAAGCAACUUUGUUGAUUCGCCUUUGGGUUGGGUGUUACCAUCUGGAAGAUAAUUCGCAUAGUGUUUUUUUGCUAAGUAUACAACCCUAGAGUUAGAUAAUAUGUGAAAGUAUUGUAUCGCCGGUAGCUUUUUUAUUUGCGAUAUCAUCCUGUUUAUAUGCCUACCCAUAGAUACACUUCUUGGACAGAUAAGACGUUCUUACACAAUCUGACAGCAUUUGGUAUACAACCAGAUUUUCACAUCAAAAUUUAUCUAACCUUUAGCAAUGAUCAUUUGCUUCUGAAUAAAAAUACUCAACAUGCUUAAAAUGAAGCCUGUUAUUGGUGAUAAUAUAGAACAGUACCCAUAGCGAGUGGAAUAAAUCAUACCGCAUUUAGAAAAAGUAUCAGAAUAUCAUUUAUUGUUGAAGAGUAAAUACAAGAUCAGAAACACAUUUAUUUACAUGAGUUUAUGGUAAAUUUAGUAACGUGUCUAACAAUUUUAUUCGGUGUUUGUAUGUUGUGUAUUAAGGUAUAUAUAGCAAAUAAUGUUACCCUUCCUCCACCCCCGUCAUCCAUCCAAAUAAAAGAAAAAAAAAGUAUUGUCGAUAUUGAGUUUGUUCUAUGUCAGGAUAUUUUACUUGUUAUUGUAUAAAGAUGAUUUCCUAAAAUAAAACAAAAGUAGAUAAUAGUAAAUGAUAAUCAUGAACAAGAUUAACGUUUGUCCAUACAGUUUCUUAAACAAAUACAAAAUUGUACGGAUUUAAUACUCAGUAACGCUUAAAUGAAGAAAAUAAAUAUCCUUAUAACAAAAAUUUACUGCACGUACACACGUAAGACGGUAAUAAAAUAAUUAGCCAUAUGCAAUUUUACGCAUGUGUCGGCAAAGAUGACAAUGAAAUACAAUGUCCAGCAGUUAUAGAAUAAAACAAACCAAAAAUGUUGGUGUUGCACACGAAUAAAGGGCAUAACCUAAACAUUUGUGUUGCUUAUAUACACUCAUGGGCUUUAAUAACCAUUCAUCCGUAUAUGGCAUUUAUUUCAUUGUUGUGACUUGUAUUCAAAUUUUUCAG